AUUGAUUUAUAAUCGGCUUGUUACAUAAGUCGAUUCUGGUUUUCCACAGUGAAAGAGCACUGGGGGAGCCCUGACGAUCAAACCCAUUGCCUCUGAUUUCACUUUACUAAACCAAAUUCUUCUACCUAUUGCUGCAAAGCCAUCUUACCUAUUCACUAAUUCACCGUACACUUUUUACUUUUUGUUUUUUAAAUAAUAGUAAUAUUUAUAUAAAGGGAGAUUCUACAGUACACGUCGUCGUUUUGUAGCUUUCUGAAUACUUUUGAGGACUCCUAACCGAAACGGUGAAACGCAAUCAGCAACUUCAGUCCAGUCAUUGUGAGAGCGCGGGAAUUCUCUGUCUCUCUCCCAACUCGUACCAAAUCAAAUGGAUGGUGUUGCCUCGGUUCCAAAGCUCUGUCUCCAUUUAAUUUCUUCUGCAAUUCAAAGAUGUCGAAUGUCCGAAGAUCUUUGCAGAUUAUCUGUUGUUCUCAAACGCUCUCCAGUUUCAGAUCCUCCCAUCCUUGGAAUUUCUAUUUCAGAUACAGGUGUUGGAAGCUGCUUGGAAGAGUUUAAGGACCUGAGGUACUCCAGGGAUUGGGCUUCAUUUGAAAAAUGGGAUGGAGAGCUUUCUGUCACAACUACAAGCAUUUGUGACAGAGAGAUUCAUCAUUAUCAUUUAAAUUUAAAAGAAAGUGUUCCCACCAAUAUGCUGACAGAGCUACCUUCAAAACCAAAGAAUGGGGCAAAAUUCAGUGGGACUGAAAUAUCUCUGUCCACUUUUGAACGCAUGGAUGACUUACUGGCAGAGAUCACUCACUUCUUUAGAAAGAUGCUCAUUUUAAAGAUUCCUAAUAUUGCAAUUGAACUGGUGAUUGAACAUGGUGAUAUUCGUGGAUCACGAUAUGGAAAUUUUAUUCAAGCAAAUGAGUGCAACCAUUUACCUUCUCCUAUGUCAAAUAUAGAAUGUCUGAAAUCAGGCCUUGAAGAUUUUGUUUGUAAGCAUGGAAACAGUCUAAAUGAGAAGUGUUUUUCUUGCUUCCCUAACAGGGAACAUCUAAAGGUUGGAAGUGGAUUAGCAUGCCGUGCAGAAAGCCAAAGAAGCACUGGGCAGGUUUUGUGUUUCUAUGACUUCUCACCUUGUGCAAUCUCCCAGUCAUCUAUGAAUGCACUUAUCAGCAUUGACUGGAAAAAUUAUGGUUUGACUUUGAGAAGCUUUGUGGAUCAAAAUGGCUCUGCAUUACUAGAAUGGGAGGAUUUGCCAACUUAUGCCCAUAUUGAUAUUGUCCUCCAUUGUUACCAUAAACAGAUCAUGAUACCACCAGCAAAGCGAAAGACUGAACUUGACCGGAAUCUUAUAAAAAAGGCUGUAAAGCUAGCAUUGGAUGAUUUGAAGGCAAAAUAUACUGGACUUCUUCUCAGUGCACAUGCACUUAAGAUUUGCAGUUAUGCCCCUGAUCUUGCAAGAUCAAUCACGGGCCUGAUCUUGUCUUCAAGUGACUCAGACUUCCAGAAAGAAUGCCUUUCUCUUCUUGGAUUGCAGUCUCAAGAAGUUGAAGGAGGAAUUGUUGAAGAUCGUAUUAAGGAAAAGAUUAUUUCAGUUGUAGAGAUUAAUGAUAGAAAGCCACAAAGGAGCAGAGAAGCUCCAUCUUUUCUUUUUGAAAAUGACUGCAUCCAGGAACAAGACCUCCAAGCCAAAGAAUACGAAGGUGAGGAAGCCUUUAAUUUGUUCUAUCCAUGAGCAAAGGAAUCUCUUAGUCAUGCAUUCUGUCAGCUCCUAUGAAUAUUUUGAUGAAUUCUACCUCAUGAUAAAUUGAAUAUGCCUCUGUUAUCUGCAUGGAAAAUUGUUCUUACAUAUAACCCUGGUCUCUAGUUUGCCCCAGCACGGUUUCUUACUGUUGGGCUUGCAAACUAGAGCUCGUAACAGUAGAUGGAUUUGAGCCUCUUGAAGCUCCUCUCUGUUACAUCAUUUUCCUGAAUUAUGUCAACUGGGCCUUAAUUAUA